CCCCUGCCCGGUAUCCCUGCGCCGGCGAGACGAGCUAGACCCGACCCCCGCGAUAAACGCCGCGGUGCCGCCUUCGUCGCCGGUGCUUCCGCCCGGACCGGAUGCGAAGGGCGACGAACGGCGGCGAUUAAACGACAGGUCGCGAGUCGGUGCGCGAUCGGUGGCCGGUUGGGCGGUUUUGGCGCCGUUUUUCGUCGCGGAGGGCCACCGGCGAGCCGCGCCCAUAAAAGCGCUGCGGCCGCGCCGGCCACACCCACUUUGUGCGCUGCUAGCGAAGCGGCCGCUCGCUCAGCCCGAAAACGCACCGCACCGCCCCGCAACAUGCUGCCUGGCUCCCGCUCCGACUACGCGCGACCACAGCGACUUGUCUUCACCACCGAGUAGUCGUCCUCCUCGACCCUCGUGGACUUUAACCUUCUCGGAUACUUUUCUUCCACUUCGUUGAAAUCCCGACUGGUUGUUUGAAAGCACGACUACCGUUUGAAAAUGUUGCAAAGCUUCGCCCAGCCGCAGGACUGGCUCUACUCUGAGCCGCUGCUCUUCGACGACGACUUCUGCCAGAGCUUGAUGAAGGACCUCCAGUCGCUGCCCACUCCUCCGCAGUCGCCCCCCACGAAGGCGGCGGGCGCCGCCGGCCGGGGAGGCGAGCCCCUCUCCAGCGGCGACCAGCUGAGCUUCGUGUCCGACAUCCUGCUGGAGGACCACGACAUGCAGCUCAACUGGAACUGCGCCUUCAUCCACGAGAAGGCGGGUACUUUCGGAGGCGGCGGGGGGCGUCGACGCCGGCCCUCGGAGGAGGAGAGCGGCGAGGACGGCCUGUGGCGGUGCCUGGCGUCGGAGAAGCCGGCGUCGUCGGUGCUGGGCUCCAGCCCGCUGCUGUCGGACAUGGACACCGCCAUCUUCGAGGGGCUCGCCGGCUCCACGCUGGACUGCCACGACCUGAUGGAGAGCCGGGAGAGCGGCGAAGCCACUUCCGACUACUGCUCCACCGGAGGAGAGAUGUCCACGUACUCGUCCAGCGACUCCGAGGAAGAGAUCGACGUUGUGACGGUGGGGCGGCGCCCCUCGGCCGACCUCUCGUCCCGCCGCCAGAAGCGGCGGGAAGAGGAGGAGGAGCGCUGCGCUCUCCGGCGCCACCACUUGGAGAUCCAGCUGCAGCACAACUACGCCGCGCCGCGCCCGGCCUCCCCGCCGCCCUCCUCGUCCAACAAACGCCCCCGCGGCGGCCAUCACGCCGCCUCCUCGCCGUCCGCCCGCCACCAGCCGUCAUCGCGGCACGCGGCGGACGCGGAGGACGAGGAGGAGCGGCGGCGGACGCACAACGUGAUGGAGCGGCAGCGGCGCAACGAGCUGAAGAAUUGCUUCGUGCGCCUCCGCGACAACAUCCCCGAGCUGUCCCGCAACGACAAAGCCUCCAAGGUGGUCAUCCUGAAGAAGGCCACGGACUGCAUCCGAGGCCUGGAGGGCCACGCCCACCAGCUGCAGUCCAAGCGCGACAAACUGCGCGCCAGGCAGGAGCAGCUCAAAGCGCGACUGCAGCGCCUCCGGACGCCGGCCCCGCUCGUGAGGAAAAAGGGAAGGAGGGACUUUUUGGUUUGUUGGUUUUGUACAAAGACAAGCUUUUGCUUUCAGGAACAAGGAUUGUCGUAUUUUUCCGUACAAAGACGAGCUUUUUGCUUUCAGGAAUGAGGAUUGUUGUUGUUUUUUUGUACAAAGACAAGCUCUUGCUUUCAGGAACGAAGCUUGUUGUUGUUUUUUUCGUACAAAGAUGAGCUUUUUGCUUUCAGGAAUGAGGACAUUCUGACAAGUACGCACAAAGAUGGACAUUUCGGUCACAAAUAUAGACUUUGACACGUUGCGAUGCCUUGACUGCUGACUGUUUGAACACACACACACACACACACGAACGAAGUCAGUUCUUGCGCGACUCGCAAAAAGUUUGGGAUUUUGGGCUAUGGGCUGAAAUUCCAGGAUGGAACUAAAAUGCCUUUCAGUGACUCCACGUCAACCUGAGAGACCGGAGGAGUCACAGAAAGGCAUAGAAGUGGGUUUCACCUGUAAAAGGUGAAUUUUGCAUUCAUCUUGAAAUGACCCCACAAGGCCCGAUAUCCCGAACAUUUUGAGAGGAGUGUAUUCAGGAUGUCUUUAGCCAUAGCAACCAGCAAUCCCUCCGCCGUCAGCGAUGUUGAUGGCCUUCCGAUUAUUAGUUUUUGUUCUGCGGGAGACGUAAAGUUCCAGGAACUUCUUCCUUAGUCGGCAUUUGAUGCCUUUGAUUCGCAAUGGUGUCAAACUCAUUUUUGUAUCAUUUUGGUGUUUUAAGAUUUAUCAUUCAAUACAUAAUUGCUCACUAAAUGGAAAUUGGUGACAGAUAUUGAAGUAUACAGUGGACCCCGCAUAUUCGCAUUUUUUUCUGGGAACCCCAACCUGUUUUAUUAGGUUUUUUUUUCAUGGCAUUGACUUAACCUGUGUAAUGUAAUUAUUAGGGAUGGGCGAAUACCAGCCUUGCUUCAAGGUAUAAGGUACUUGUUAAGGCGGCCGAUACCAGCUACCAAUACUUUAGGCCCCCCCAAAAAGUCCCCCUCGCCAGUAGUUGGCGCUACACUGCGGCUGUUUGACACAUACGACUCAUCGAAAAGAAAGGUCUUUGGUUAAAUACAUCUGUCACUGUGGUAAUUUAAAUUUCAUGUAAAGGUUACUAGUGGUAUCGGUCAAAAAAAAAAGGUAUGAAAUGUCCCUAAUUAUAAGGAAACAAAAAAAAUUUCCCAGGUUUUUGCUGCUCACGGGGUCCACUGUUCAACUAUUGUUCAAUUUAUCUUAGAAGGCAUUUGAUUAGAAAAACAAAUGCUUGUAAUAUUUGUUAAAAAGUGAUGACAAAUUCCAAUUUUGGCCCAAAUCUUGUACCCAAGUGAAAAUAAAUUUUUCAAAAUCCA